AUGACAGGAGUGCAAACAGUGGCAAGAUAUGGAGAAAUAUCAUGUGGCUGUAAAGGGAAGUAUGGAAGCACAGAAACUGGUGGAAUGAAUCUACAAAAGAGCCAGAAGGCAACGCAGACUAAUAGAUUGAAGAACAAAGAAACCAAUGAAAUGGAAAAUAAGAGUAUUUAUCCAAUCUACCUUCAAGAACCAGCUUAUGCCCCUCACUUGGAAUUAAUAUCAUCCCGCUUUUUCCAUUUUUCAUUUACCUUUAACUACCCAGCAGUGAAAAUGCGGACAAGGUAUAUGGAGAGGACAAAUUCAAUUAGUGAGAGAGGAAAAAGGACCUUGGAGAGUGGUGAUGAUGAAGAGCAGCAGCCUGAUAAGAAAAGACCUGCUUUAGCUAGUGUUAUUGUGGAAGCUCUGAAGCUCGAUAGUCUCCAGAAGCUCUGCUCUUCAUUAGAACCGAUUCUUAGGAGAGUGGUCAGUGAAGAGGUGGAACGUGCUUUGGCAAAGUUGGGUCCUGCACGACUUGAUGGAAGGUCAUCACCUAAACGAAUUGAAGGGCCAGAUGGGAGAAACUUGCAGCUUCAUUUUAAAUCCAGGCUUUCUCUCCCCCUCUUCACUGGGGGGAAAGUAGAGGGGGAGCAGGGUGCUGCUAUUCACAUCGUACUGAUCGAUGCAGACACAGGCCAUGUUGUAACAUCUGGCCCUGAAUCUUGUGUUAAGCUUGAUAUUAUAGUACUAGAAGGUGAUUUUAACAAUGAAGGUGAUGAAGGUUGGACUCAAGAAGAAUUUGAAAGCCACAUCGUGAAAGAGCGUGAGGGAAAAAGACCUCUUUUAACUGGGGAUUUGCAAGUGACGCUCAAGGAAGGUGUUGGAACACUAGGAGAUCUCACAUUUACAGAUAAUUCAAGUUGGAUAAGAAGCAGGAAGUUCAGACUUGGGCUAAAGGUUGCAUCAGGAUAUUGUGAGGGGAUACGCAUACGGGAAGCAAAGACAGAGGCUUUUACUGUUAAAGAUCACAGAGGGGAAUUGUACAAGAAACAUUAUCCCCCUGCUUUAAAUGAUGAAGUAUGGAGAUUGGAGAAGAUUGGGAAGGAUGGUUCAUUCCACAAGAGGCUUAAUAGUGCAGGAAUAUUUACGGUCGAGGACUUCCUGCAGCUUGUGGUCAAGGACUCUCAAAAGUUACGAACUAUCCUUGGCAGUGGUAUGUCAAAUAAGAUGUGGGAGGCCCUCAUAGAGCAUGCAAAGACUUGCGUCUUGAGUGGGAAGCUUUAUAUAUAUUAUUCUGAUGAAUCAAGAAAUGUGGGUGUUGUUUUUAACAAUAUCUAUGAGUUGAGUGGCCUUAUAGCGAACGAACAAUAUUAUCCAGAAGAUUCACUUUCUGACAGCCAAAAGGUAUACGUGGAUACUUUGGUGAAGAAAGCAUAUGAUAAUUGGAACCAGGUCGUGGAAUAUGAUGGAAAAUCACUUUUGAACUUUAAGCAAAUUAAAAAGUCGAAUGCUUCUCACAACGAUCUGCCUGUGGGCCCUGUCAAUUAUCCUAAUGCCUUGGAUAAUCAGCUUCCACUUCAGAGAUUGCCAGAAUCAGUUCCAUCUGACCAAUCGUCAAUGGACCCGAACGUGCUAACUGGAGGUUCAGGUUACGACAAUAUGAUUAAUCGAUAUUCUACCCAGUCUCAGCUUAUGAAUUCCAGUUCCCGCACCCAGUUUGAUACCACCUCUUUUACUCAGCCUGACCAGCAGGUUAACCUAUCAUACGAUAAUAGGAUUGGGCUUGCCCUUGGUCCACCUCUGUCAUCAUCAUUCCAAGCAGGAAACUCUUCUAAUCAGCAAGCGAAUCUUAAUCCUUUUGAGGACUGGUCCCAUAAUCGGGUGAAGGGUGUUGAUGACUUCUUAUCAGAGGAGGAAAUUCGCAUCAGAAGUCAUGAAUUGCUUGAAAAUGAAGAUAUGCAGCACUUGCUUCGGCUUUUCAGCAUGGGAGGUCAUGCCUCUGUUAAUGUGCCAGAAGAUGGGUAUGGUUUCUCUUCUUACAUGCCAUCGCCUUCUCCAAGCAUGAGUUAUAAUGAGGAUCGAACCCGUUCUGGAAAGGCUGUUGUGGGUUGGCUGAAAAUUAAGGCUGCAAUGAGAUGGGGCAUCUUUGUCAGGAAGAAGGCAGCUGAGAGGAGGGCACAGAUUGUGGAGUUGGAAGACGAAUAG